AUGGAUGAGGAAUACUCAAGUGAACAGAGCCCUGAGAUAAAUUCUAAGCUAGAUAAUGUGGCGUAUCGUUUGGUAGGUUUUAUUCUAUCGAGCACUGAACAAGGUAAUUCGGUGUUGGGGCGUGCAAAACUUCAAAAGGCUAUAAAGCAAUAUGCCAGUAAUGAAAAUGUGGUACGAUGUCCUAUGUCGGAUGUUUUGUUAAAGGUGAAUCAAAUACUAGAUGAUACUUACGGUUUUGAGUUAAUUGGAGUGAGUACAAAUAAAACAACGAGCCAAGCUGAUCAAUCAGGUAGAUCAACGCCAAUUGCUAUAGCAGAUAGUACAAAAUCGAUAAAAUCCAGCGAUAUUAACUAUUUUGUGUUACGAAAUAAGUUGAAACCUAUCACUGCAGUAGAAAACUUUAAAAUUGAAUUAGCCAAAGAGGCCUAUGAAACAUUUCUUUCAAAAGAAUUGGGAGAAAAUGAAGAUUACAAUUCAGAUGGAGAGAAUAUCAUACCACAGUCCCAGAUAAAUGCAACACUAAGCAGCGACUAUGAAAUUAAGGACAAUUUAGUAUUGAAAGGUAUAUUAUCAGUUAUGCUUUGCAUAAUACUAUUUUCAAAGAAUAAUCUUUUAGAAAGAGACCUUUAUGAAGAGUUAAAAAAAUUUGGCAUUUCAGAGAACAACCCUAUACCUUUGCUUGAUAUGUCAAUUGAUUCAGUCUUAAGGAUAUUUGUAAAUCAACAAUAUAUAGAUAAAAGAGAUCAAAAUACAGAGACAGGGAAUGUUAUUACCACGUACCAUAUUGGUAGAAGGACAAAAUACGAGUUUGACUUCGAUUCUGUGGUACUUCUUGUGAAGGAAAUAAUGGAUAUUGAUGUGACAAAGGAGGAAAGGUUGAAAAGAGACGUAAAGAGAGCCUUGGCUGAUAGCUAUAGCUGA